UAGGUAUCAAGACAGCCACAGGCCUUUUUUUUAAAUGAAAAACUCCACCAGCAGUCAUAACUGCAAUCUGUCUGAAUCUUCCUUCACAUUGGAUUAAACUGUGCUUUGGGGGUAGUUGAAAUGAGACCUUUUAUUGAAGCAAUAGGAAAGUCUACAACUACUUACAUCAUUUGUUAUCCCAAUGCAGGUCUUCCUAACACCUUUGGUGGUUAUGAUGAAACGCCUCAAGUGACUGGCAAGCACAUUAAAAAUCUUGCCUUAGAUGGUUUGGUCAACAUAGUUGGUGGCUGCUGUGGUACCACUCCAGCACAUAUCAGGAAGAUAGCUGAAGAAGUAAAGGCAUGCAAACCUCGUAUCCCCCCUGCCUCUGUCUCUGAAGGCUAUAUGCUGCUGUCAGGUCUGGAACCCUUCAGGAUUGGAAAAUAUACCAACUUUGUCAACAUUGGUGAACGUUGCAAUGUUGCAGGAUCAAAGAGAUUUGCCAAACUUAUAAUGGCUGGCAAAUAUGAAGAAGCCUUGAGUGUAGCCAAGGCUCAAGUUGAGAUGGGAGCUCAGAUCCUUGACAUCAACAUGGAUGAUGGAAUGUUAGAUGGUCCAAGUGCUAUGGCCAGAUUCUGCAACUAUAUUGCUUCGGAGCCUGACAUUGCCAAGGUUAUAUAUUUAACUGGAUAGUCUUUUAAUUUCGUGAGUCUGGUGUUCUCUACAUGUCUUGGAACUACACAAUAUUUCAAUACCUCAGCAGGUUGUCUGAUUGAAAAAAUGAUAACAAGAAAUGAAAAAUCAAGAGAAAUGCAUUAGAAAUAUUAUUAUAAUUUUUGUGAUAUUUAGACAUCAUAUUUCUGAUCUGGAUUGGACUGCUAUAAUAUUCGAAGCUUACAUAAAUGUCAAGUAUUUUAUUGUCUCCUUCCCUAUAACUAACUAUCUAGAGUUAUGGUAUGGUUAAAGCCUUUGUGGUGUCCUUCUCAAAUAGUGUUGAGUUUUCAUUUCAGAAGAAAGUGCUGGCCUUGAGUCUUUUGCUCUCAUAGGAAUGUCCCUGGCUUUUGAAGUCAAUUCUUGAUUCUUGAAUUUCCAAAUCCAUAAAGGUAAAGGUUCCACUUGCACAUAUGUCCUAGUCGUUCCUGACUCUAGGGGACAGUGUUCAUCUCUGUUUUGAAGCUGAAGAGUUAGCGCUGUCAGGAGACAUCUCCGUGGUCAUGUGGCCGGCAUGACUAAACACCGAAGGCACACCAAAGGUGGUU